AUGGUUUCCCCGCGAGGCGGGCGCACGCGUGCGCAUGCGCGGUUUCUGCGCGAGGGCAUGCUGCUCCCCAUGCCGGCCUCGCGUGUUGUCAGGGCUGCGAUGCGCGGCGGUGCCCGCGGCGCCCCGAGGGCCCGGGGACCGGUGGCCCUCGCAGGACUGGUGUGGGGCGCGGCGAUGGCGGCUGGCCUGGCGGCUUGCGCCGCUGGUGCCCGCGCCUUUUGCCCCCCGGCGGCCGCGGGCGCCGCGUUGGCAGCGGCGCGCCGGCCCGCCGCGGUGCCGAGGGGCUGCCGGCGCGGGGCCUGCCUGCAGCGGCGGGCGCGCCUCAGGGUUGGCGAGCCCGCGUACUGGGAGAGGCGGUACACCACCCGGGACAAGGGGGACAGCCAGGAUGACGUGGAUGACCGCGGCGCUGGCUGGCUGUGCCAGUACGCCGGGCCCCUGCAGCAGACCCUGGUCUCCGUGACCCGGGAGGACCCGCAGUCCAGGCUGGGAGGCACGCGCGUGCCCCUCCCCCGGCUCGGAGCCGACCUUGUGUCCUCGCCCACGGUGCACGAGUUUUCGGCCUCGCGCGGCGCUGCCGGCGCGCUUGCGUGCUUUGCUGGCGGCGGCGGCGGCGGGUGCUUCUCUGCGGAGCGUCUUGGGGCCAUCCUGGAGUGUCACGGAGCCACCGUGGGCCAACGUGGAGGCCUCGUGGGACUCUCGUGGGACCUCGCGGAGAUCAUCGGAGGAAGUGGCCACGUUCCGGGAAUGCAGGGGUCUGACAGGCGGUGA